ACUGUCAACCAUAUCCAAAGUGCAGGACCAAAGAGAAGUAAAUAAUGUAUGCGUUUGUUAGGUUCUUUGAAGACGAUAUGUGCUACGCGUUACCCGUUUCAAAUGUGGAAGAUUUUAGACCUCUGCACAAAACAGAUUUUGAUAAUCAGAAGGUGUAUCUGGUUCACAGAACUGAAGAGAAUGGCAGCGCAGGCCAGCCGUGCGAAGCACAGAUCCUUGCCCUUGCAGAUACAGUAGAUGAGUUUGAAGACAGUAUAAUGCAAAAGAAGAUGAAAAUUCCCAAGAUGUCCAUCAAGAAUUCAGGAAACCAUAUUGAGAACAAUUUUGGAGAGGAGAGAAUGCCACUGAGGCAUAAAAAGGUCCUGUCUCAGGACCAUGGGCGCCCCCUUUCCAACUCCUCCAAGAGCCUGGCAGCAGUAGUGGCUCGCCUGGAGAGAAAUGCAGCCAGCUCCUGUAUGGAGGGCGAAGAGGACCUGGAUGAGGACCGGCUGGCUGAGGAGGGAGAGGAUGCGGACGACGAAGAUGAAGAUAUGGAGGCAGAGCAUCCGCAACAUCAUCACCAGCUGCAACAACAGCAUUUGGAAGUGGACACGGAUUGUGUGUCUGGGGUCGCUGCAGCAGUGGUUCCCCGCGUUCUGUACGAGGAGCUGGUUCACAGCUACAGGCAACAGGAGGAGGAGAUGAGGAGGCUGCAGCAGGAGCUGGAGAGAACCCGCAGGCAGCUGGUGCAGCAGGCCAAGAAGCUGAAGGAAUAUGGCAGCUUGCUGACAGAAGUCAAAGAACUGAGGGACUUCAACAGGAGGCUGCAAGACGUACUUCUCAUGAGAUUGGGCAGCGAGCCUAUGCAUGACAAUGGCACUCAGACAAUCAAGGCUGAAGUGGUUGAACCUAUUGUUGAGGCCCAGGAGUCAUGCAGAGAAGAAGCCAACACCAGCUCCAGCUACUCGCCCUCGCCCAGAACAGUAUACACCUGCAACGAUGGGAAGGUACACCUCGGUGGAGGGAUCUGGGUGGAGGAGGAGAAGUGGCACCAGCUGCAGCGGACCCAGGGAGACUCCAAGUUCACAAAGAACCUGGCUGUAAUGAUCUGGGGCACAGAAACGCUCAAGAACCGUAGUGUCACUGGAGUGGCCACCAAAAAGAAGAAAGAUGCCCUACCCAAACCUCCGCUGUCGCCAAGCAAACUGAAAAUCGUCAGAGAGUGUCUCUACGACAGAGUGUCUCAGGAGACGGCCGACAGUGCAGAGAUUACACAACGAUUGUCCAAAGUGAACAAAUACAUUUGUGAAAAGAUAAUGGACAUCAACAAGUCCAUCAAGAACGAGGAACGGCGGGAGUCCAAGCUGCUAAUCAGACAGACAGUCAAGAUGGAGAACUUCACCUACGAUGGCAUGUAGGGAUCAACUGUUGUCACGCCAGCACCUUCUGCCCCUCCCCCCACCCCCCCCAGGAUAUUGAGGGGACUGGAUGUUGGCGGUUGGAGUGGUUUUUCUUUUCUUUGACAUGUCGGUAUGGUUAUUACUAUGAAAGGUUAAAACAAAUAGACCCCUCCCCGUCUCCCUAAAGAGCAUCAGUGCCCAGUUUUCCCAUUGGCUGACAGACAGCUUUACCCGCCGGUGAGAAGCGAAACACGUGUGAACGAGUUGGAUAUGAGCCGGUGUGAGUGUUUUUAUAAGCUUUACAGUGGGAUUGGUACAGAGACGUGGUUUAUUGACGUGUAUGCAUUUGUGUCAAAAGGAGAGAUUAGACGUAACUGUUAAAUUGAUUUAUUGUUCUGUGUCAGAACAUAGUUUUGAGUCCUUAAACUUUUAAAAAGUAAGAGGUUAAUUCCCUGGAUAAAAUCUAUACGAUGCUGUAAAGAUGAUGCUAGCUUGCGUUAGAUCUUAGACGUGUGAAUGGUCGGACAUGUUGGUGACCCCCCCACCCCCCCCCCCCCCCUCAACAACCUGUUGGGAGUGUUUGCUGUUGGUACUUACUGCAUGAGCUGGGGCAUCAGGGUCUCAAAGUCUUAAUUGGUAACAGCCAUAUUGCAAUUUGCAUCAGAGAUUCUGUUGCUUCAAGAGAUAAAUUAAAAGUGUGCGCGCCCCCGUAACUGUAGGUCAACCACAACACGUGAGUUUAGCAAGAAGACGGCUUACAGAGGUCGAAUGUGACUCGACUGUAGAGUGCUACAUUUGUUUUUGUCUUUUAUGUUAACCUUUUUUUUAGUUCUGAGCAUUUGCCAUCAAUGAGAACGGGUUGGAUGGGAUAUUCUUGUGUUACUCUUUAUCAAACAAGUCACUUUCAGACAACUUGACUGUUUAAUGAGUCGUAGUGGUACGGGCACGUUGAUGCCUAGAAAAGGCCUUAAAUGGAUUUGGCAAUCACCGGGGGCCGCUAUGCCCCUGGGUUUUCUAGUAAGCUGUGAUUGUAAAUGUAUAGUAAGCUGAAGCGAUGAAGCUUCACCUGCACUUUGCUGUGAGAAUGUGAGAGGUGGCUGGCUACUAGGUACUAUUUUCUGUGUGAUUCACACCGUUAAGUUGAGCUGAGCCGGGCUGCUUGCUCUCCCCCCCCCUCUCGUAGUUGAAAGAUGCGGCGCUGCAAGGGACAACGUGGGGAAGACAGUGAGCUCUGCUCAGUUAAGGUCAUCUUCACGUGGAAGCAGUGUUAGCUGUGGGUAAAGCUGUCUGAAACACUAUUGUGAGUUUGAAGUCGUCUGGGCCUGCUGAACCCCUUAAUAACCCCCUCUUUUUACGCCACGCCACUGGGGAACAAAGUAAGGUCGCUCCAGUGACAAUUUCCUCUAAGCUAUGCCAUCAGAACUUUGAAAAUGUCCUCUUUUUUUUUCCUGUAUGUUUUUUUUUUUGAGUUUAUGAGUCUUCACCAGUUGUUUUAUUGUUUUUGAUCCAGAAUGGUUUGUGCGGCCGUCUGCAGGCUGGAACUAAACGCUGCAGAUUGAAAUCUCAACUGUGACCUAGCUGUGGCUAACUGUGAAUCUGCUGCAGAGCUGCCCAUCAAGCCUUUCUCCUCUUCGUACUCUAGACUCUCGUUUGUCGGUCGGUUUAUUUCUGUCUAUCAUUUUGUUAUUUCAAAAAGUUCAGAUCAGCCUUUUCGUUAAGCUGCUUUUAUGUUUUGGAGAUAUUUUAGUGUACAUAAAAGUUUUUUGGUUUUGGUUUCUAAUCACGUUACAGUUUUAAAGGUUCUGGUCACGUUCUGGUUUCUCUGAUUGAUGUUGUAAUUCCAUGUUACCUGACAAUUUAUCGUGUUUUCUUUUCUUCUUUUUUUUACACUUUUUCCAUAUGACUUGUUGGCUUUAAGCUUGAUGUUGUAUCCAAAUGUAGAUCGUUGGAAUCUGCAAAUGAAAAAAGAAAAUCUCUUUCUUAGCCAAAGUGAUCUCCGUGGAACAAGAGAGACGAGGCUUCACCUUAACAGAGCCCAAACGUUACGCCACAUUCUCAACAUUCAAUAUUUAAAAAGCCUCACUUAGGAUCCGAUGAUCUGCCACAGUAAGAGGAGAACGCAUUGCACUCGAUAGAGAUGCAGUAGUUAGAACAACACAAACCAUUGAAUGCACUUUAAACUUCUGGGCAAUUUCUUCAAUCUUAAAGAAAUGUACUUUGUGGUAUUUGUCCUUUUUUAAUGUCUAUAUAGAUAAAAGCCUAUCAAUCAUUGUAUUAUCAUGCACCUUAGAACAUUUUGGUUUAAUGUUUUCUAUGGCAAGAAUGAGUUCUGGGAUAUCAUUUAGUUUUGCCCCUGACAUGCUUCACAACCACAUUAAUGGAUCUAUUACUUGGAAGUAGCGUUCGUGCUAAUUCUGAAUAUUUAGUUGUAGUUUUAGAAAACCAGAAGUCACACUAUGUCGAAACUGGAUUCAACAACCCCCCCCCAGGUCCUCCUGAACAGUAAAUGGCUUCGUUGGCAAAUUGACAAGCAAAAGUCAAAAACUCCUCUCGGCUUUCAAGCCUGAAACAUCAAUCUAAAGAUAUGUACCUAUGAAAUGUGCAAGCUGACUGGAAUAUGUGCUUUAACUUAAUGUGUGAAGAUGCUGGUGAUGCGUAAGUAUGACUUAUAUAGAGAUAAUUGUGUAUUUUUUACAAAUGAGUGGUGAUUGUAAGCCAAAGUAUUGAAUGCUGAGAUCAAGCUAAAGAAGGGGGAGGCUGACAGGAAUCAGCAAGGUUUGCACAAAAGAUGGCCCAUGCCAAGGUAAUAGAGCCUAGUGACACCAAAACGGUGACAUAUUAUUCUUUAUUUUUGUUUUUGUUCCUAAAAAAAAUAUCCCUGUUUCAUUUGUUCCCCCCCCCCUCCCCCCUCCCCACCCUGUACAAAGCAACGUGAGGUUUACGUGCGCUAGCAUGUGUUUCAAAAUCCAUGCGGUUUAAAAGAAAGAAAAUAUUUCUGCUGUGCAAAGCAACCAUGCUAAGAGUUGUGACACAUUGUCAUGUGGUGUGUUCGUGUUUGUUUGUUUAUUUGUUGUUUCAUGCCAAAAGGGGGUGUGGUUAAAAUAAUGCUUUAAGAUGGAGCGUUUAUAGAGGUAUUACAUCAUCUGAAAUGCUAACUUCUGUUUUUAAAGGCUGAUUUCCUGGAGCGCGAUUAAGCGCUAAUCCUUUAACUAAAACCAUCUUCCAUGGAUGAAAGCCGUAUGGAGGUCCUGUAUGUUUUUAACCCAGAUUUGGCUUAAUCUGCGAUGGCGAGGCCGAUCUCUAUCCGAUGUACCAAGUCACUUGCAAAGGAGCCGUUUGGGUUGUAGCAGCAUAUUGGGACUUACACCAGUACAUAACCAGGCCGAGCCGUUAAUGGAUGAUAUAGGCUAGUUAGGCUGUGACACACACAACACAGUGCUCUCACUGUCACACUCAAGUAGCGAUAGGAAGGAGAUGUAACCUCGCUGGCUCUGUGAUCCUCUUCCUGUGCCACCUCUAGUUCCUUACUCUCCCGACUGGAUUUCAAAAUGCACACAUGUAUCGAGAUAAUAGCAAAUCCUGUCGUCAUCGCUCGGUGUUUGGGGCUUAUGUUGUGAACCCCCUGUCAAAGCUUCAGAAGUGGGGGAGCUUUAUGUUGCUGCUUUGACAGUUUGAUUGGGAAAAAGAGUUCUAACUUCACGGUGUGGAACAAGAUAAAUGGCGUCAUCUUGCAGUCUUCACAACUAAGUGUACACAAAACACAUUUCUGUUUGAGCCUCAGAUACAAUGUCAAACUUACUUCAAAACGAGUUAAAAAAAGAAAAAUGGGAGAAAACACAUUGUUAGGCCUAUAUUUUUCUUAAGGUAUCAGUAACUUUGUAUACAAUCCACAAACCGGUUCUACUUCAUCUAACUUCACCGUCCUACCUCAUUGUUACUCUGGUGUUUGUUUGUCAGUGACUGUAAACUAUGUGUGUAUAUUAAUAAAAAAGAAAAACUAAAAAAUCUAUAGGAAAGGUAUACCUGGUUACUCUCAACAUGUACAGCAUAUAAAGCGUGUGAAACACCUCAGUACACAAUAUCAUUCUUAGGAGAAAUCAAUUUUAUUACCUGCUUAAAGAUGCUGCUGUGCGUGAGGGGUCGUCUCUGAAUAUAUAUCUUCGCUCUUUGCUAUGUCGUGCAGUUGAUCAGUGGUUGUGUUCUGUCUCUGUAUUGCAUUCUGAGAUUUUUACUGGUUGACGGUGCUACCAGCAAGCAGUUCAAAAACUGAUCUGUCUAUCGGACCUCAAAUGGUGCUGUUUUUCUAUGUUCUUAUCCUCAUACAGCUAUGUUUUAUUCAGGUGUGUCAACCGCCACUAUCCCCCCCUCAGCUAAUCAAAUUCUAAGCCAAAAUAUGUCCCUUGCUAUUACUGUAUCAAAUAUAUGCUAUCCAUCCAAAUAUUGUAGAUAGUGAGUAUAUCCUGAGCUGUGUGUUUCAGAAGUACCUCAGAACUUUCUGAUUUCCAACGGAUGCAUCUGCUUCUAGCACCUGUUGUCUACCAAUAUUACAGUGUUGCAGUGUAUUUUCAGAAAUAUGCAUUUUUACUGGUUAGAUCAGGUUUCACUACACAUCGGACAUGAUUAUUAGAUCUCACUCAGAUGACCGAUAACAUUUUAUGGAUACCACUGUUCACUGGUUUGCAUGCCAGGUUGUCAAAAAAACUAAAAACAAAGGAAAUCUCAGUGUGACUGGGCAGCGUGUGUGGGAGCAGAAGAGGUCCUCAGCAACAACAACCAUGUCCUGUUUGAGUCAAUGUGAAGUUUUUUUUUUUUUUUUUACAGAAACUGGAUUCCAUUGGUCGUCGGUAGAGAAAUAAUAUCCAUUCGAACGGAUUGUGGAGCCACGUUUGGUGUCAGUUUGGGAUUGAGUUACCGCUUUAAUCCCCAGUUGUAUCUCGUACUGAUAUUAAAACAACUCAAAUGUAUUUUCCAGUGUUUAAAAAAACUAAAAAAUGAAUUUAGUUUAGCGAUCGACAAAGAAAAAGUGCAUUACUCUGUACAGCAACACCAAUGGAAUCCUUUCUGCGCCAAAGUGUGUAUCGGGGGUGGUUUGCUUUACCUGUCAGUAUGUAAAUAUUUAUUUUUCUUUCUUUCUUUUUUAUUUUUAUUUUACUCUGACCAUGUCUGUGAACAUGUGACGUGCUGGGGAACUCAUCUCUACUGUGAGCAGUGUUCAAAUACAAAUCAGUUGGUUUCAUGGAAGCACUUAAGCCAUUCGUUGGACUGUUUCAUAAAGGUUCAAUUUCCAGCGUUGCUCUGGUCCAGGGAAUUGACCCAGAGAGUUUUGUGUGUGUAAUUGAAUUCCUAUGCAGGUGCUGUGUUGUAAUCACCUGGUACCACAUCACUGUCGGGUGUGACGGCCAACCAGGGAGACAGAUAACUGGAGAGUGUUCACACCUUUGAAUGUGUCUGCACAGCCUUGAGAUUGAAUCAGAUGGGACAAUGGCGACAUGACAAAUCUAAACUGAACUAUUACUACAUUUUCAUACUCAUAGAGUUGAAUUGAACUGAGCUAUACAGGGCUGCUUGGGCAUAUACCUGUAUAUAAACUGCAUUUGUAGGGGAGAAUUGCAAUGAUCAUUAGGGAAAGACAGGGUUCUUACUGUAUGGAGUAUUUCCAGGUGGUAUGAUAAUGUGAACAGAAUUUCCAGACUAUUGCAGUAACUCACUCUCUCCCUACGUCAGCCUCCCACAGGCAGCCCUACAUUUACAGACAAUGUUCUAAGUAUAUGCGAUAGAGAAGUGUACAUGUCUUUGCUAAACCGGCCACACCUCUGCUAUGCGAGCAACUCUUUGACGCUUAGCAUCCUGUUCUGUGUUUUCUCUUGCUGCAUUCAGGAACACCUGUUUAAUGUAUAGAUAAACAGAAAUAAAUCCAGACUUUUAUUCUAUCAGCACAAA